GCUGAGAAGAACAGGAAGACGGAUUACGGGUACAGGGGACGAAGAGAGGACGGUCGAACGCUGAGAUUCAGUUGAGGGAGAUGGCGGCGAACUCUAUGCAAAGGAUAACGACUCAUGCUCGUGCGAUUCGCACGACGCUAUGCCCUCUCUCGAGACCAUUUUCUUCAGAUGCAUUGGUUGAGGUCAAGCCUGGGGAGAUCGGCAUGGUCUCUGGGAUUCCUGAAGAACACCUUCGUCGGAGGGUUGUAAUUUACUCACCUGCUCGAACUGCUACGCAACAAGGAUCUGGAAAAGUGGGAAGGUGGAAGAUCAAUUUCCUAUCAACACAGAAGUGGGAGAAUCCAUUGAUGGGUUGGACGUCCACUGGGGACCCCUAUGCCAACGUUGGUGAUGCUGGACUCAGUUUUGACAGUGAAGAAGCAGCUAAGUCAUUUGCUGAGAGACAUGGUUGGCAAUAUGUGGUUAAGAGGCACCAGACACCGUUGUUGAGGGUGAAGUCUUAUGCAGAUAACUUCAAGUGGAAGGGGCAUCCUAAAACCGAGGAAGAUUAAUUUGACUAUUUCACCUGGUCUUUGUUGCUGGGUUCUAUCAUAAGACUGGUUUCAAUGCCCAUGCCAAGGGUUUCUUAUUGCACAAUUUCUUCUACAACUUAUGUGAUAUCCUGAUUAUAAUAAAUGGGACCAAAUAGGUGCAAUUUUUUUUAAUUUUAUUUUUGCCUUUUUUUUUCCGUCCUCACAUAAUGCGCUUGUCUUGCAAGAUGUAACUGAAUGGUUGCUUGCUUUGACACAUUUUUCAUCUCUUAUCCUUGUGUUGCUACUAUUAAUAAUUUUACUCUAGAUAAAAAUAACGCCAACAGCAAAUU